CAUUGAUACACGCGCCGGCUGCAGGUACCCAUCAAAAGAGAGUAGAAUGAACAGAUGGCCUACGAUAUGCCCUCAACUUCACCAUGACCCUCCUACUCUACGCUGUCCUCUUCUGCAUUCCAUUUGUUGUCGCUUCACUCCCAAGUCUCAACGAUACCCAUAUUCAUACACUCGAUGUCAAUGACUCUUCAUUCUGCAAUACCAGGACCUUGUGGGACAUUCUCUUGAGCUGUUGGUUAACUUUGUUUGCAUGCACAUGGACUGCCAUCCAUCCGGACGUUCCGCGUAUGGACGAGGGGAAAGUUGCUAUUACCUUUCGUCGUCUACUCCUCAUGGUUAUGGCGUUGCUCGGCCCUGAAUUCGUGAUCUCCUGGGCCGCAUGGCAGUUUUUGUGUGCUCGUCAAGUUGCAAAAGACUUCAAUGAUGCCUUUGAUGCGCAACGCUCCCAGCCCCAUGAAGACUGUCAAGUCGUAUGGCAGGGCGAGCCGGAAAUUUUGUUACUCGACGACAUCUCAAAUUCAAGCAAAAGUUCAAGCGCAAGUUCAAGCGCAAGAUGGACACUAACACAUGGGUUCUUCGCCUGGAUGGGUGGAUUCAUGCUCUACGUCGAUGGUAAGCCGCGGGCCACUCUCACACCCGAUGAACUCCUGCAGUUUGUUCGUGACGGAUCCGUAGAGAUGCCUGUCAUCACGGAGGCAGACAUAGAAGAUCGAAGUAAGGGUGAUGUGCUAUCCAAAUGGGUCGCCAUUCUUCAGCUGGUGUGGUUCAUCAUCCAGCUCAUCGCCCGCUACGCCCAGAACCUCCCAGUGACACUGCCUGAAAUUGACACCCUGGGUAUAGCUGCUCUGACCUGCAUUGCCUAUGGCUUGUGGUGGAAGAAGCCGAAGGACGUAGGGCGUCCUCAUGUUGUUCAUUGGAACUCGAAGGCAACUACUCCUCCACCACGCGACAGCUUAGUCAACGAGUACGUCAUUGUCAUCAAUAUUCCUGGCAGAACUUGUUCUGAUUUGCCUGCAUUCUAUGUAGCAAAAGACAAAGUGCAUUGUUAA